AAGGGGAUAGGAGAGGAGAGGAGAGGACUCUCUCUCUCCAUGUGGGUCGCUUUCACCAUUUUCGAGAUUGCUCGAGAGCACCCAUUUCUUUUUUUCGACAUCAUAUGAGCAACUGCACUCUCACAGCGGCACAUAUAUGGACGUUUAACAUGAUAUUGGCCAGCGUCUGCUCCCCACAUGAACGGACCAGAAAUGCCCACUUCCAUUGAUGGCACCCGCAUCAGUCUCAUCGCAGUUCUGUCCCUUUCCUUUCCCUGUCGCUUUCAAUGACUCCAGCUGCGUACUGAGCCAGGCCAAGCUCGUAUAGAUAGAAGGUUCUUGCCUUCGGUGCAUGUCUUGGCUUCAGCUGAGCUUUCGUCUGGUUGAUGCGACAUUAGCUUAUUGAUUCAUGGGGAGGAGUAGUGGGCGAAGCUCUUGGUUCAGUGCCUUGAAGAGGAUUUGCAGGAGGAGAGAAGAAUUUCAGGAAGAAGACGAAGAAGACAAGGGGAGAGCGAAGAGAAGAUGGACGUUCUUGAGGCCUGCUACUGAAGAAGCUGCGGCAACCCGACGAUGCUGCCGCGAACGGACCAUAAGCACGACAGCAAUGAGAAGUGUCGUCGAAGAAACCCAUGCAGAUGGUGCUCAACUCGAAGUAGCGAUGGCGACCACGGCGGCUGCUCAAGCGGCGGUGGCGACUGCAAAAGUGGCUCUUGAAGUCCUCCCGCUAAUCAGUAGGGCUUGCGCUGAUGCUCGGAUAGAACACUGUGCCGCCAUUGUCAUUCAAACCAGCUUCAGAGGAUAUUUGGCGAGGAAAGCGCUUCGGGCGCUUAGAGGUUUGGUGAAGGUGCAGGCAAUAGUAAGAGGCCGCAAUGUGAGAAAGCGAGCGGAGAUGACUCUCAAGUGCAUGCAGGCUUUGGUUCGAGUUCAGGCGCAGGUAUGCGAGCAACGUAAGAGGCUCUCCUUCUCAGAUGCAGGGAACACAAAAUGCAGGUUUCCCGAAUUCAGCAGCUUUUGGAGUUCAAUCGAUUCUAUCGACAUCAAACUCGCUCCUAGAGAUGGAAGAAGCGUUUCUUGGGAUAGGAGUAACUAUCGCCGACCGCACGAGUUGGCAGAGAACAAAUCCGCGCCGGAGAAGAGGAAGAAAGUCACUUGGAAAUGCGAAAAAGACCUGGCUUUUGCUUUCUCUCAGCAGAAGAUAUGGAGUGAUUGCAGCAGAGACCUACUUGACAGUGAGGAAGAACCGAACCUGGACACGCCCCGGAGUUCUGAUCAGAGGAUGACAGGAAGAAAUAAAAGUAGAACCUCGUGUGACCACGGAGAAGCGAUAAAAAUCAUCAAAAUCGAUACAUGCGCACACCGUCCAUCGUCCAUUUUGUACCAAUCUCCAAUUAAGUCGAGACAUCACACCCAAGUCGUACAGUCUUCUAGUCCUCGCCUUGUCAGAUAUCACCGGAACCACCAGGAAUCGCCCCAAGCACCGGCGUACAAUUCCAGUCCUGAACCUAGAUUAAGUGGCUCGAGCGCUGGACCAAAGCCAAACUACAUGGCUGCAACUGCAUCUGCAAAAUCUAGGAUACGGUCCCAGAGCGCACCAAGGCAGAGGAUUCCAACUCCAGUGAGAGAAAAACCUGGAUCGGCGAGAAAACGCUUGUCGUUUCCUGUUCCCGAUCCGCUUGGCAAAAUGGAUGGUGAAUUUCAUCAUUGUUGGAAGAGCCCGAGCAAUGAGGGAAGAGCUUUAGGAAGCAACCAUUCCAGGAAUGACCUCGGAAACCAUUUAAGGCAAGAACUGGAGGAUAUGACCAAAAAAGAUAAAUGCUGAUUUAGGAGAGCGACUGACCAUCAGAAUGUAGCCUACCUCUGUAUGUUAUAGUUUCUUUUCUGUAUUUCGAAGUUCAAAGAUGGAGGGUGGAAAGCUGAGCGUUUCAAGUGCAAAUGGUGUCGUCAUGAACCAAGCAUCCAAAAGUUUGGAUGUCAAUCACAGUGCUAUGAUACAGCCCUAAUGUUUCCGAUUAGCGCCUUGACACUCCAAAACCGCUUUGGAUCGAU